UGUCUCAGGACUGAGCGUGUCAGAGACCGCGAGCCUGGAGUAGAGGGAGCACAACCCGACCGCGGGGCCGUCAGAGAAAACGAAAACAUCGCAAAAUCUAACAGAGCGAAAGAACGCGUGCCACGGCAGCCUCGCAAGAUGGGCGCACCGAAGGAGAGGAACUGACAGGAGAGUGUUUUUUUUCGGGAGCGGAAGGAUUACUACUUUGAGGAGGACAAACCUGAACGGACAGCCAGGCAGACAGGAGACUAUAACCAGCGGUGGGAGAGUAGCGUAGCGCACAGAGUGGUGGAAUGUACGCUGAGGACGGUCCCUGAGGUUUGCGGAGAGCAUUGGGCAGUGAAAGGAAGAGGAGAGCACAGGGUGGUUUUUGGGGGAGACUACAUGCCUGUAACCUGUGGAAGGUGAGGCUUGCAAACGAGCGAAGAUGGACGUGUUCGGCGGCGCGCCUCGCUUCUUGGCCUACCCCCGGCCGGUGAUCGUACAGAGCGGCACGGACGCCGCCCUCAAGUGCCAGAUCGGUGGAGACCCCCGGCCCGCCGUCAUCUGGGAGCGGAACAACGAGCGGAUUCACCCCGAGGCCCGCUACCGCUUGUUUGAAGACGGGAACGUCUACAACCUCAUCAUCUCCGGGGUGACCAGUGACGACAGCGGCCAGUACAUCUGCAAGGCCAAGAACAGCAUCGGGGAGACAUACGCGGCGGCCACACUGAAGGUGGAGGGGGAGGCGCAGGAGAAGGAGCUGAGGGAGGAGAACAAGCCGCGCUUCCUCAUCAAGCCGCUCUCCACGCGGGUGGGCCGGGGCGAGGACGCCGUCUUCUCCUGCAAGCUGUGGGGGAAGCCGCUGCCCGAGGUGGUGUGGGAGAAGGACGGCAAGCGGCUCAACGAGAUCUUCGAGAGCACGCACUUCAGCGUGGGCUACCAGGACGGGGGCUGGUUCCAGCUGAAGAUCUUCAAAACCAGAGCCCCCGAUGGUGGGGUGUACACCUGCAAGGCCAAAAACGAGUUUGGGGAAGGGCUGGCGGGGGCCGUGCUCCUGGUGGACGCAGGCCCAGGGCACGAGGAGGAGGCCACCCGAAACGGCUACGCUAACGGGCACUGGAAAGCGCAGCAGGGCAAGGCUAGAGGAGGCAGGCAGGUGGUCAGUCGGCAGCGGGAGGAACCCCUGCCUCACUCGGCCAAAGUGAAAAUGUUCGCCGUGACGGAGGGCAAGCACGCCAAGUUCCGCUGCUACGUGACGGGGAAGCCCAAACCGGAGAUCAUCUGGAGGAAAGACGGCCGGGUGAUCUUGUCGGGGAGACGUUACCUGUUGUACGAAGAUCGGGAAGGUUAUUUCACACUCAAAGUGCUCUACUGUAAGCAGCAGGACAAUGGGGUUUACGUGUGUGCAGCAUCCAACACUGCCGGGCAGACACUCAGUGCUGUCCACCUUACUGUCAAAGAGCCACUAGUUCGCUUUAAGCAGCCCCUCAGCGACUUGGAAGUGUUCGAGCGGGAGCUGGCCGUCCUGGAGUGUGAGGUGCCUGAGGACUCCAUCCCCAUCACCUGGUACCUGGAGGACCGCAGGUUACACCCCGGUUCCAAGUACGGCAUGGAGGAGUGGGGGACGAAACGGCGGCUCACUAUCCGAGACAUCGGAGCCGAUGACGACGGCAUCUACCUGUGCGAGAUGGCGGACGGGGGCAGGAGCAUCGCGGAGGUGGCCGUCAAAGGCACGAUAGUGCGCAAGCUCCCGCGCAAGGUGGACGUUCUGGAGGGAGAAAAUGCAGCCUUCUGCGUGGAAGUGGAGGAGGAAGAGAUGGAAAUCCACUGGUACAAAGAUGGGGUCGAAUUACGGGAGACCCACCAGACCAUCAUAAAGUCCUUUGGGAAGACCCACAUCCUAGUGUUUGUCAAUGCCUCACCCCAAGAUUCCGGCAAGGUGACCUUCAUUGUGGGCAGAUCCAAGACUUCAUCACAGCUGAGAGUGAAAGCGGUCAGGCACAGUUCCCCCAGCUGUCCCGUGGGUGUGCAGAUUAACACCGAGCGGGCAAACGCAGCACUCCUGUCCUGGCUCCCGGCCCAAGAUUCGCGGAGGAACCCUCCCUCCGGGUACGUGCUGGAGAGGAAGGAGGAGGGCUCCCACGAGUGGCUGCAGUGCCUGACCACCGACUCGGCCACUGCCGUGGAGAUCCUGGGCGACAGUGUCCCCUGCGAGGCCGACUACCGCUUCCGCAUCUGCAGCGUCAACAAGUACGGCAGGAGCAGCCACGUGGAGUUCCCCAGACCAGCACAUCUGGUUCCGGGAGCUAAAAUCCAAACACCGCUGCAAGACGCCCUGGUGCCCGAGGGGCAAGACGCCACGUUCACCAUCGAGCUGUCCGCUGCUGUCAUCGGGACCUGGUUUCUGAACGGCGUUCAGCUUCAGGAUGACGAGCGGUUUGCUAUGCGUCGCUCCCGCACACACCACUCUCUUCGCAUCAGAGCCGUACGGGACACGGACAACGGGGUGGAGAUCACUUUCAUUGCCUGUGGAGUCAGAGAUUCAGCAGCUCUGUACAUUCAAGCUCCUCUGGUGAAGUUCACACCUCUUUCUGAGAUGGACAGAAAUAAAUUUGUUGAAGUUGGCAACCCAAUCGUCCUGUACUGCGAGCUAUCAGACCCCGCCACUCCGGUCCACUGGUACAAAAAUGGAGUAGAACUGCACACAGUGGAAGGCCUUAACAUCCAAUCAGAGGGCAACAUGAGGAGGAUCGUCAUCCAAUCAGCAGAGUUCUCCCAUUCUGGAGUGUACAGCUGUGACGCUAUUGAUGAUGUCAUUAGAUUUAACGUGGAAGUUGAAGCGCCCCCUGUGAGGUUCUCGGCCCUUCCGGAAGUAGCGAAGAGCAAGUCCGUUGAAGCGGGAGGCCCCAUUUUACUACACUGUGAGAUCUCAGACCCCAGUGCCCAGGUCAGCUGGUACAAGGAUGGGUUACAGCUCCUCCCACAAUCUGGAGUAGAGAUCCAAUCAGAGGGCACUGCGAGGACACUGGCUGUCCCGUCUGCUGACAUUCUCCACACUGGGGUGUACAGCUGCAAGACAAAGGGCGAUGCGAUCAAGUUCAAUGUGGAUAUCAAAGCUCAGCCUGUGAAGUUCUCAGCAACCCCCGAAGUUGAAAGGAACAAGUCCAUUGACGCAGGCUGUCCCAUUGUACUACACUGUGAGAUCUCAGACCCCACUGCCCAGGUCAGCUGGCACAAGGACGGGGUCGAGCUCCGCCCACAAUCUGGAAUAGAGAUCCAAUCAAAAGCCACCAUAAGGCGCCUGGUUGUGCAAUCGGCACAGCUGUGUCACUCUGGGGUGUACAGAUGCGAGACAUCCGAUGAUGCGGUCCAGUUCACCGUGGACAUCAAAGCUCCUCCGGUGAAGUUCUGCAGCAUUCCCGAAGAUGAGAGGAGCAAGUCCGUUGAAGCAGGCCACCCGAUCGUCCUAAACUGCCAGCUGUCAGACCCCAGCGCUCAGGUCAGCUGGUUCAAGGAUGGGUCAGAGCUCUUUCCGAAGCCCGGCAUAGACAUCAGAUCCGCUGGCAUAAGAAGAACGCUGGUCGUUGAAUUUGCGCGGCUGUCUGACUCCGGAGCAUACUGCUGCUCGACGGCAGAUGACACCGUCCAGUUUAAUGUAAAGGUCAAAGCGCCACCAGUGAGGUUCUUAAACCUUCCUGAAGAGGAGAGAAACAGGUGUGUUGAAGCAGGCUGCCCCAUCAUACUACACUGUGAAAUCUCAGACCCCACCGGCCAGGUUAGCUGGUAUAAGGAUGAAAAGCAGAUCCUCUCCCAAACUGGAAUACAGAUCCAAUCAGAGGGCAAAACAAGGACACUGACCAUCCAAUCAGCCGAGGUAUCUCAUGCUGGGGUGUACAGCUGUAAGACAACAAGUGAUGUCAUCCAGUUUAAUGUGGACAUCAGAGCAGAGGUGUUCCACUCUAGGCUGUACAGUUGUGAGAUAUCCGAUGACACUGUCCAGACCAUCAUGGACGUCAAAGCUGCAUCAGUGGAGGUGUCAGCAGAACCUGAAGCAAAGAAGAUCAAGUACACCGAAGAAGCCUCUCCCACUGCCCCCAUCUGUGAGGUCAUAAACCCCACAGCCAAGGAUGAAACCAAGCCCCUCCCACAAAUUGGUCAAUACAUCCACUCAGAGGGCACCAUGGAGAGAGACACUGACCAAUCAGCGCAGCCACCACAUUCGACGAAGUUGAAAAAGACCAACAGUCAAUCAGGUCAAUACAUCCAACUAGAGGGCACCGUGGAGAAAGAGACUGACCAAUCAGCACAGCCCCUUUACUUGACUCAUUUGAGAAAGAACAAUAGUGAAACUGGACAAUACAUCCAAUCAGAAGGCACCAUGGAGAGAGUGAUUGACCAAUCAGCACAACUCCUUCACUUGAAUGACUUGAGAGAGUACAAUAGUGAAACUGGAAAAUACAUCCAAUCAGAAGGCACGAUGGAGAGAGUGAUUGACCAAUCAGCACAGCCCCUUCACUUGAGUCACUUGAGAGAGAACAAUAGUGAAACUGGACAAUACAUCCAAUCAGAAGGCACCAUGGAAAAAGUGAUUUACCAAUCAGCACAGCCCCUUCACUUGAGUCACUUGAGAGAGAACAAUAUUGAAACUGGACAAUACAUCCAAUCAGAAGGCACCAUGGAAAGAGUGACUGACCAAUCAACACAGCCCCUGCACUUGACACACUCAAAGAAAACCAGGACUGAAACUAGACAGUACAUCCAAUCAGAGGACACCAUAGAGAGAGUGACUGACCAAUCAGCACAGUCCCCUCUCUUGACUAGCUUGAGAAAGAGCAAUAGUGAAACUGGACAAUACAUCCAAUCAGAAGGCACCACGGAGAGAGUGACUGACCAAUCAGCACAGCCCCUUCACUUGAGUCACUCAAGAAAGAAUGGCAGUGAAACUGGGCGAUACAUCCAAUCAGAGGGCACCAUGGAGAGUCUGACUGUCCAAUCAACACAGCCCCUGCACUUGACUCACUCGAAGAACAGGACUGAAACUGGACAGUACAUUCAAUCAGAGGACACCAGGGAGAGUGUGACUUCCCAACCAGCACAGCCCCAUCACUUGACUCAAUCCAGAAAGAACAGCAGUGAUGCAGAUGAAGAUGCCACAGCAUUUAAGGUGGAUGUUGAAGCACACCCUGAAGAUGAGAAGAGCAAUUUUGUUGAAACAGACUGGCCCUCUGUGCAACACUGUGAGUUAUCCGAUCCCACAGCUGAAAUCAAGUGGUCCAAGGAUGGCCAAAACCUUCUUCUACAGAAUGGAAUAGACAUCCAAUCAGAGGGCACCACAAGGGGACUCAGUGUCCAAUCAGCAAAGCUGUCUCACACAGGCUCGAAUAGUUGUGAGACAAUGGAAGAUGCAAGGCAGUUUCAUAUGGAUGUCAAAGCUCCACCAGUGAGAUUGUCCGCACUUCCUGAAGUUGAGGAGAACAGGCCGGCAGUUGAAGCAGACCGCCCCAGUGUACAGCACUGUGAGAUCUCAGAGCCCCCGGCCCAGGUCACUGCACAGGUCUACCAGGAUGGGCUACAGCUCCUCCCCCAGGCUAGUGCAGACAUCCAAUCAGAUGGCAGCAUCUCGGGGACUAUAGCUGUCCGCUCCACAGAGCUCUCACCCUCUGGAGUUUACAGUCGUGAGACAAAGGAUGAUGGCGUCCAGGUUAAUUUGGGCUUUGAAGCUCCAUCCACACAUUUCAAAGAGAGUCCUGAAGAGGAGAGGAACAGGUGUGUUGAAGCAGGCUGCCCCAUCAUACUACACUGUGAGAUCUCAGACCCCACUGCCCAGGUCAGCUGGCACAAGGACGGGGUACAACUCUACCUGCAAUCUGGAGUGGACAUCCAAUCAGAAGGCCAUUUGAGGAAAUUGGUUGUCCAAUCAGCAGAGCGUUCACACUCUGGUGUGUAUAGCUGUAGUUUUGCUGAUGAAGUCAUUACAUUCAAGGUGGAUGUUCAAGAUUUACCAGUGAGGUUUUCAGAAAUCCCAGAAGUAGCGAAGAGCAAGUCUGUUGAAGCAGGCUGUCCCAUUGUACUACAAUGUGAGAUCUCAGAGUCUACUGGCCAGGUCAGCUGGUACAAGGAUGGAGUACAGCUCCACCCAAAGUCUGGAGUAGAGAUCCAAUCAGAGGAAAAAAUGAGGACACUGACCAUCCAAUCAGCUGAGCUCAUUCACGCUGGCACAUACAGGUGUGAAACAGCAGAUGAUACCAUAUCAUUCAAGGUGGAUGUUAAAGCUCCACCAGUGAGGUUCUCAACCAUUCAAGAGGUACAGAAGAGCAAGUCGGUUGAAGCAGGCCGUCCCAUUGUACUUCACUGUGAGAUCUCAGACUCCACUGCCCCGGUCAGCUGGUUCAAGGAUGGGUUACAGCUCCUCCCACAAUCUGGAGUAGUGGUCCAAUCAGAAGGGUCCAAGAGGACUCUGAUUUUACAGUCAUCUGGGUUUUCCACCUCUGGAGUGUACAGCUGUAAAACAGCUGACGAUAUCAUCGAAUUUUAUGUGGACAUUAAAGCUCCUCCUGUAACGUUCCUUGAGAUGGCCGAGGAGAACCUCCACAAAAGCAUUGUGGAACUGGACCCUCUAGUGCUGAACUGCCAGGUGUCUCGGCCUGAAGCCACAGUGCUGUGGUAUAAGGACGGAGCGGAGAUGCAGCCAAGCCACAAUGUCACCAUACAGGCUGAGGGCACCAUGAGGAGACUCAUCCUCCGGUCCUCUCAGCUAUCGGACGCCGGGACCUACACAUGUCGUGCAGGAGACAACGCCUUGAUAUUCAAGGUCAACAUUCGUGAACCUCCGGUGAUGAUUAUCUAUCCCAAGGAGGAUGUCCACCUCGAUCGUCACGUUUCUGAAGAGGUGGUCCUGAGCUGUGAGCUUUCACGCUCAAAUGGCAUGGUAUACUGGUACAAGGAUGGACAGAAGCUUCAAGAAAGCCAGAGCAUCAAACUGAAGUCGGAGGGGCCGUACAGAAGACUUAAGAUUCUCAACUGCGGGAUAGAAGAUUCUGGAGAGUAUGUUUGCGACACAGCUGGCGACUCAAUAUUCUUCCAGCUGAACAUAACGGAACCUCCGGUGUGCAUUGUGUCGCCGAGCCAGUCCCAAAUGGAACUGUGCCAGCAAACCUCCGAGCGGAUGGUAUUGAGCUGCGAGAUCUCCAGGUCCAACGCAACAGUACGCUGGUAUCGCGAUGGCCUCCAGGUGGAGGAGAGCCAAAACCUGCUCCUGGAGGUGGAUGGGGUCUACAGGAGACUCAUCAUCCCAGAGACCACCGUCCAAGACUCUGCCGAAUAUGUUUGUGAUACCGGCGAUGACUCUGUGACUUUCUUUGUGAACAUUGCAGAGCCCCCAGUGCGGUUUGUGCGCCCCAGGAAGAUGCCGAGCGCAGUAGAGGUUGUUGUCGGGAACCCUUUGGUGCUCGAAUGCGAGGUGUCUCGACCCAAUGCCGAAGUGAGCUGGAAGAAGGACGGAGACGAGAUGGAGGAGAGUCGCAGCGUCACCAUCAUCGAGGAUGGAAUCUUCCGGCAGCUGACCGUACAUGUGUCCAAACUCCAACACUCUGGGCAAUAUAUCUGUGAUGCCAAGGAUGAUGUAAUGGACUUUAAUGUCAAAGUCACGGAGGCCCCCGUGAAAAUUGUGAAGAAAGGCGAGCUGAAGACAGAGCAGCAGCACUGGGAAUCGGAUGACAUCGUACUGGAGUGUGAGCUCUCCAGUGCGGACGGCGUGGUCCAGUGGUCUAAAGACGGUCAGAGCGUGGCGGAAAACGAGCACUUCUGCUUCGAAGAGGAAGGGGCCUUCCGCUCACUCGUCAUCCUGAAUGCCGAGCUCUCGGACACCGGAGAAUACGCCUGCAAUUCCAAAGACGACAACAUCGUCUUUCACAUCAAUGUGAAAGAGCGUCCGGUGUCCAUUGUUGGUAACUCUGAGAGUCGCGAGAACCACAGUUUGCUCACGGGCGAUGACCUGAUUUUGGCCUGUGAAGUCUCCCGCUCCAAUGCGCCAGUGGAGUGGUACUGUAAUGGGACACUGUUGAGUCCCGACGCUCGGACCCACAUCGACAGCUACGGCACCGUGAGGAAGCUCGUCCUCACUGGCCUCAGGCCCUCUGACUCCGGGGAAUACAUAUGCGAUGCCGUGGAUGACAAAAUGAUCAUCUUGGUGAAGGUCCAAGAGCCUCCCGUCAAGUUUCUAGACAAAGAGAGGGCCAACCUGGUGACGGGGUUUGAAAACGAAAGUGUGACGCUGUCUGCCACAACUUCUCGGGACACCGCCACAGUUCGAUGGCUGAAAGACUGGACACAGAUCUCGGGAGAGCGGUUCCAUGUCCGACAGGAGGGGAACAGGCACUUCCUAACUAUUGACCCCCUGCACAGGUCAGAUGGCGGGGGAUACACCUGCGACACCACCGGUGAUGAAAUGCACUUCAACCUUCUGGUCAAAGAAAUGCGAGUGAGAUUCUCACGGCCGCUGGAGGAUGCUGUGGCGCACAAGGACGGCAUGGUGACACUGCGGUGCGAGCUGUGCAGAACCAAAGGGGACGUCCUGUGGAUGAAGGAUGGCGCCGAAAUCACACCAAGCCGCCGAUUCGCCAUCAGAGCCGACGGCCCCGAGCGCAGCCUCACCAUCCACCGCCUAACACCGGAGGACGGGGGAGAGUACACCUGCGAGUCCAAAGAUGACCGGACAAGCGCCACACUCAGAGUGGAGAUGCCGCGCAUUGUGGAGUUUAUCGCGGAGCUGCAGAACACCACGGUAAUGGAAGGAGAAGACGCCAACUUCAAGUGCGUCGUCUCUCCCGAAGACGUGGAGCUGCUUUGGCAAAUGGACAACGAACGCAUCUAUCCCAGCGAGAAGUUCAUGAUGUCCAGUAACGGCCUUUGUCGCAUGCUUCAUAUCCGCAAUUGCAAGGUGUCCGACAGAUCCAAGAUUACAGCCGAGGCGGAAGGUGUGCUGUCAAAAGCCAAGCUUCAGGUGCAAGAGGCGCAGGUGCUGUUCACUAAGAAGAUGGACGCUGUGGAGGCGGAGGAGUUUGGGGAGGCCACUCUGGAGGUGGAGGUGACCCCUGAGGCAGGGGAGGUGCACUGGAUGAGGCAGAAUGUGGUCAUCCAGCCAGGGCCCAAGUUCACCCUCAAACAGAAUGGCCCAAAACGCAUCCUGACCGUCCACAACCUCAGCCUCUCCGACCGGGGAAUGUACCGCUGCGAAACGCUGCACGACCGCACACAGGGGAAAAUCAAUGUGGAGCCAAGAAGAAUCAGCGUACGUAGGGGACUGAACGCAAUCGAAACCUUUGAACGUGAGACGGCCUCUUUCGAGGUGGAACUGUCGCAUGGCAACGUGGAGGGGGCGUGGCAGAAGGACGGGAUCCGUCUGAAACCCAGCAACCGCUGGCGCGUCAGCACCAAAGACCGCGUUCACGGCCUCACACUCUCCAACCUCACCCUGGAAGACACCGGAACCAUCACCUUCUCCGCAGAGGGUGUGAAGUCCUCCGCCAGGCUCACUGUGAGAGAGCCUCCUGUAACCAUUCUGAAGAAGCUGGAGGACCACUGUUUCCCAGAAGGCUCAGCUGUAUCUCUUGAGUGUGAGCUGUCCAGACAGAAUGUGGAUGUGAAGUGGUUGAAGAAUGGGAUGGAGAUGAAACAAAGCAAGAACCAGCGCAUCUACUCCAUGGGCAGAAAGCGCUUUUUCCAGAUCACCAAGUGUGAGAUAAGGGACUCGGGGGUCUACACGUGUGACGCCGGGGACGUCAACACAUGCUGUUCUCUGGAGGUCUAUGAGCAAGAGGUGGAGAUUGUGCAGGGUCUGGAGGACCUGGAAAUCCAGGAGGACCAGAAUGCCGUGUUCAUGUGUGAGGUGUCCCUGCCAGAUGUCCCCGGGGAGUGGUACCGUAAUGGGGAGAAGAUUCGGCCCACCGGCAUCGUCAAAAUCCGCCAGGAAGGCAACAAGCACUUUCUCCUCAUGUGCAAUGUGAGGGUGGAGGAUGCUGGAGAGAUCCAAUUUGUGGCCAAACAAGUGGAGUCCACAGCGUCCCUGGUGGUGGAAGAGUUGCCCGUGUCCAUUGUUAAGCCGCUGCGGGACAAGACGGCCCUGGAGGGCCACCGUGUGGUGCUGGAGUGCACGGUGUCGAACCCGCGCUGCAGCAUCCGCUGGUACCAGGGCAGCAAGGUCAUCCUGCCGGCAGAGCGCUUCGAGAUCUGCAGCGAGGGCUGCAACCGCAAGCUGGUCAUCCAGCCGCUGGAGCGGGAGGACGAGGGCAUGUACAGUGUGCAGGCCGGGGAACACACCACCUCCGCCAGGCUCUCCGUGGAAGCCCAGCUGCUCCAGAUAGUGCGCGAGCUGAAGGACGUGACGGUGGCGGCUCCAGAGGAGGCGGCGUUUGAGUGUGAGGUCACGGUGGCGUCGAGCAAGGCCCCGGUUUGGAGCCUGAAUGAGGAGACGCUGCGCCCGGGGCCCCAGGUGCGCAUGGAGAGCCGGGACACCGUCCACCGACUGAUCCUGAAGAACACCUCCGCAGACAUGAGCGGCACCGUCCGCUUCAGCAGCGGCAAGGCCAAGAGCAGCGCCAGGCUCACCGUCACGGAUUAGUAGACCUUCAGGACAACGCCGCAAACCAUCUCAACGACUUGGAGAAAUGCUGAUGAUAACAGAAGUCUGCUUAUUGUUUGUGUUGAUGGAAAAGGAGGACAAGAGAGCUCAUUUUGUUUUGGCAUAUAAAAAAAGUGCUUUCAAUGGGCGCUGAACCAAUGGAAAUACUGUACAAGCACAUUACCGUGUUAGGGAUUUAUAGCCCAGUUACAGCGUUUUGAAAGGUGAGGGGAAAUUUUAAGGUACAAGACCAUUGUAAAUCCCUUCCUAUCAUUGAAAAAGGCUUACUGACAUGUUGCCUCAUCCUCUGCCUGUGUUUAUGGUCCUUAACUUUUGAGUUUCAACAUCAGCAUGUUCAUAGGAUAAACAGUGUUGUGGUUUCAGGGUGUUUGUUGCUGAAAUUCCUCUCUUGACCGUUAGAAGUAUGAAAUUACCUAUUGUACCUUUAAGAAAUAAAAAGGGCCUGAAAAAAGCCUGCAAAUGACAAAUUGGAAAGGAGAAAGAUUGUUCUGAGAGAUAUACUGUAAAACAUAAUGGCAAGGCAUAGAGCUGUGCCAUUAAACUGAGCCAGCAGAGGUCUCCAGAUUCACACACCAGAAGUUUCUGGUGGGGAAACCAGACAGAAAGAGUGAAAUAUGAUGGAUGGUUACAGGUAUCCAUGUUGUUGCAUAUUAUCGGUGUGGAAUCCAACAGCGGUGCCGUCAUCAUUUAGGCAAAGCAGGCCGACGGUGCCGCAAUGGGGCCUAAAACCAAAAACAGGGAUGAAGCUGCAAUGGUUUUUCAAAAAUUCAACCGAACUUUGUGUAAAAUACCUUUUAAAGUCUGAGAAUUAUUUUUGUGAAGCUCAGCAAUCACGCCCUUUGGACCACUGACGAUCAGCUUUCAUAUAAAACAUGCCCCAGGCACGAACUAGUGGAAGAGCAAAUCACUGUUGUCCUCGUUUGGAGUUGGAGGAUAAAACUUGGCGACCCAUUUCAUGUAUGGUGUAAUGUACAUUGUUCCUUAUUUAUCCUUGUAUAGACUUCAUUUUGUAACAUUCAGAUUUCUAUUCUGGGAUGCAGACAUGGAAGGGGACAGAUCUUAAGGGGUUAUAUGGAGACUGACAUAUGUACAGUAUUAAGUGCACAGGGCCAAAAUGGUGGAAUAUUUACAGUUAAUGGGGGGGAUCUUGGGAGAACGAAUUGACUUUACUCAGUAUAAAAUUAUCUCAUUAACUUAAUUACUGUUGAGUAAAUCAUUGUCAAUGUGUGAUCAGUUUUAAAUUAACCAUAAACUGCCUUGUAUUGUACUAAAGAAAAAACGAUUUUCUAAUCCUAUAUUCCAUAUUUAUUGUCCUGUGACUAGGUUGAAUUGCUUCCUGCCGUUACCAUAAACACGCUAAUCUUUCUGGCUUUUAUUGGGUGGCUUGGGCUUCUUUUGCUGUUGUAGUCAUACCUGUAUGAACUUCCAAUAAAACAGGAUUGAAAAGGA